AUGAUGACGAGUCUAGCCCAGGCCUACUCACCACAUCCAGGGGGAAUUCAACAGCAUCCAGGAGUGUCCCAAGGCCAUCCGAUGGCAGUGCCCCACAAUCCCGGCCAGCAAGGGCAACCAGGAAUGCCACAGCAGAUGCAUAUGGGAGUUUCUGGCCCAGGAGGACCUCAAGUUACCCAAGCAGGAGCUUUGAUGGGUGGGAUUCCACAAGGCGCUGGAGGGCCAAGUGCGCACGCAUUACAACAUCUUAACCCGAAUCAUGCUCAGCAAGCACAAAUGCUACAGCAACAGCAGGCAAUGGCUUUCGCUCCUCAAUUCCAAAUGCAACAGCAACAUAUAAUACAACAGCAACAGCGGGCACAAGCUGCCCGUCAAGCUAUGAUGGCCCAACAUUAUAGUGGAAUGCCGGUCAAUAUGCCCAACGGCAUGGGCCAGAUGACAAAUGCGCAGUAUCAAGCCAUGCGAGGAGCAGGGCCGAUGGCACGACCCGUCAAUGUAAACUUGCCUCAGCAUCUUCAGCAACAGCAACAACAAGCUCAACAUAGCUUAGAGCAGCAACAGCAGGCGCAAGCACAAGCUCAGCAUCAGCAACAGCAGCAACAACUCCUUGCCCAACAGAUGGCAAUGCAACAACAAGCAAAUAUUCAAGCACAAGGUGGUGCCAAUCAAGGCCAACACAACCAGCCGAACCCGCAGCUGCUUCAAAAUAUGCAGCAAGGUCAGAUCACACAGGCCCAGCAAGCACACCAGCAAGCCGCUUCGCAACAAAAUCAACCGCCCCAGUCACAGCCGCAACCACAACCGCAACAACCACAACCAAACCCACAAGCUGCUCAGCCUCAACAGCCACAGCAGCCAGCCCAACCUCCACAACCAGGCAUCCAACAGCAAGCCGCUGCGGCGGCUAUGAUGCAGCAAAGACAACAGGUCGAAAAGUUAAGGGGCCAGUGCCUGAUGAAACUGAUGCAAUUUGCCGACCAUCUCAGUAACUUUGGGGUAAGCUCCAAACCAUUGCAAUCAUACAUGGCUAGUGGUGCUCAACGGCUGGCUGCGCAGGGGUCCAAACAACGGGAUGACCUUAAUUACUGGUUGCAUUUUGUAGAUCGGUUCUUUUCCCCCAAAGGAGUGCUACGGCACUCGGUCUGGAUUGUCGACGAGACUUCGAAUAAGCAGUACGAGAUCACGUUUCCAGCUUUAGCGAGAUACUUCCAUACCCAUUUCGAGAGCGGCAUCAAGACCAUGCAGUUGAUAAUGGAAAAGGGGUCAGAAAGGGACUUGCCAAAUAAUGGGCAUUAUAUCGAAAGUCCAAAGUCGAGUUUUGUCUAUUGGUUUGAUAAUGGAUCACAGUUAAUUGCAAACGGCACAUUACGUGCUCAUUUCGAUGCUGACCAGAAGAUCGAGCUUCUCGAGUUUGUUACUAGCAACCAUGAAGAGUAUCUUCCCCGGACCAGAAUUAUCGAAGCCGCAAGGCCCCUGCACGACUGGGGCAAGGAAUGGCAAAAAGUCAAUGCUCCACCCGAAGGAAAGCAAUCACCAGAGAUGAACAAGAAAAAAGCAAAGACCCUGAAAUCGCCUCCCCAACCACCACCAGAGAUUGAAAUUCCGCCUUCUAAAGUAAAGCCAAGCAUGGGAAUUACACCUUCAGUUUUCCGAUUUCUUGAGCUUGCUGAGGUUAUGGGGCAAAUGAAUCCUUUGUUUGGAUAUUCCCACCAGCAUCUCGCCCUUGCGCCGUAUGCAGCUCUUGACCAAUACGUAGCUACAGUCGCCGCAACUAGCGGCAUGAACCCCGGCGGACAACAAAAUCCAUCCGGACCAAGGACCCCGGGUCUUGGAAAUUUCGCGAUGGGCGCUUCCCCUGCGGCCGCCCAUCUUGCACUUCCUGACGGUUCGCCUCAUAUGAGCGGAAGCCCAGCCCAAGCUCCUGGAAUGCAACUGCAGCAAAGUCAGCAGGGUUCGAGCGGGCCUAGCGCGAACACCAGCCCGAACGCGAGUAAUAAACGAAGAAGGCCCAGUGCUGUGAAAGAAGACGCGGACAACCAGCCCAAUGGCACCCAGGCCAAACCAGGUGUGAAGCCAAGUCCGAGGAUAGGCAAGAGGCAGAAGCCAAAUGCCACUUGA